AAAAAAAACUCUCACAGCAACUUUUUUAUUUUUAUUUUCUUUUUCUGUGAGAAUCACACAGCAUCAAAUUGCACGAUAAGGUAAAGAUAGAGUUGGACGGCUAUCAAUCAACAGUGGCCGGUUUAAAUGCGAGGCAAAUGCUGUAUCCGGUGGCUCUGGGUUGUACCCCGCUAUUAAUAAUGAGAUGGAACAGCCCACGCCGGUCUCAUGAUGCCUCACGCCCGGCGGUCCCCAACGCGCAACGCUUCCUCCACCUCCUACCUGCCCUCCCCGCUCCGCCUCUUUAUAACGAGUCCCUCGAUUUCUCCCGGGCAUUUCAUCAAACAGAAAGCGGGCGGACUGAAACCGAUGGUGGUGUUGUGCUUUCUGGUGGACCAGCGGCGGAGGGUGAGGAGCACCAAGCCGGCGGCGGGGAUCUGCUCGCGGUGCGGGGCGUGCGCGCGGGUGGCGGACAUGGAGACGGCCACGCGCUUCUGCUACGUGCCGGUGCACCGCAAGAGCUGGCGGGCGAUUAUCUGCACCUUCUGCGGCGCCCUCCUCAGAUCGUACUACAACUAAAUUAUCCAGAGCUUGUUUCAUUGCCUUCUGAAUUAUGUACAAUACUAACCUGGAAAUACACUAUUCUUCGGCGCCGUCGAAUCAAUUACUCCUGAGCGUUAACACGCCGUUUCGACAAUUUUUUUUUUUAUCGGAAAAUAAGAAAAGCUCCAGAGGAGACUGGCCAGAUUCUGUUCUGUCGUGGGCGUGAACUGUGAAGCGCUGGCGUCGGGUACGGCGACGGCAGAGUUGCGAGUUUUGACAUGGCAGGGACGGAGUGCGAGUCGAGGUAGGUGUGCACAUAAGGCGCAUCCUACACGUGAGCGUCAAACUGCAUGGUAACGGACUAACGGGAGCCACACGCGAGGAUUCCAGCGCGGACACCAAAAAUUCAUCUUUUGCUUUGAUACCGUUAUUCCUGUCAGUUAAUUACUGGUGACUUAACCGUUAGCUAUAAAUUUUCUUUACAC